UAGGUUCCAAACAGAGCACGCCAGCAAGGGAGGGAGGAAAGAAAGGAGUUCGCAAUAGCCGCCCAAAACCUAGACACUGCGCAACUUGAAACCAUUGAAGUACAAGCUCCCUUUUUCUUCCUCUCCGCUGUAUGUAGACGACUGCGUUGCGUGUAAUAGAUCAUGGGACAAGUCCAAAGCGACGGCGCUGCUACCGACGAUCGUCUUCAACAAUCAGGGGCCCAUUCUUCAUCCUCAUCUUCACCACCACCACCACAACAGGCUUCCAUGGAAUCAUUAAUUGCUGAGGCUGCAGCAUUUGGCGACACUGAGAAUGGGUCUCUUGAUGAGAAGGCUCAAAAGGCGCUAGAAUGCCCUUGCAUAGCUGAUUUACGGAAAGGCCCAUGUGGUACCCAGUUUUCAGGGGCUUUCCUCUGUUUCUUGAAGAGCACUGCCGAAGAAAAGGGCUCGGAUUGCGUGCAUCCAUUUGUUGCUUUGCAGAGUUGUAUCAAGGCUAAUCCCAAUGCAUUUGCAAAGGACGUUUUAGAAGACGAUGACGAUGAAGUCAAGGAAGAAGAGCCAGCCCAAGAGUACAAAAUAAUCCCGCCGGAAUGGUCUACGAAAUCCCAAAGUCCAAGGCAGAGGCUUUAGGAAGUUUUACUUUGUUUUCUUCCAGUUCAGGGAAACCCCUUUCAUGAGGUUCUCGGUUCCAUUGCAGUGGUGUUAUCUUCAUUCUGUCGUCGAGAGGAUUUUGCACUCCGUUUUACCAAUAAGAUACGAAGACUUUCCUUACAUACCGGUAAAGAAUAUAUGCUAGAGUAUGAAUUGUAUAAUUGUUCUAUGCACAUCCUGUUAGGGAAUGUAUCGGGAGAUGAAUUGGUUUUGGGAAGAAAACACCCUUAUCGGGAGAUAGAUUCGUCGGAAAA